AAUUAACUAGCUGUGGUAAGAAGAAGCUGAGAUUAUAAUAUAAUAGAAUGGGGAAGAAGUUAUACUUAUUAGCAGCUGUGGUCUACUUGCUCAAUUUUUCAGCAGCAUUUGCUAUGAUUAAUAAUAUCUCAAACAAAACCAUUUCUUCGAACAAUUAUCCUAAAGAAGAAUGCAUCAAUGAUGAUAUUGGUGCAACUAUUAUAUUAAGCUUUGGUUUCUACUUAAACACUUGUCCUGAGGCUGAACCCAUUAUCUUUUCUUGGGUAGAAAAAGCCGUCUCUGACGAUCCUAGAAUGGCUGCUUCUUUGCUUCGCCUCCAUUUCCACGAUUGCUUUGUCAAUGGAUGUGAUGCAUCGGUGUUAUUGGACGACACGCCGGAUUUUGUUGGAGAGAAAACGGCAGCUCCAAAUGCGAACUCGCUGAGGGGGUUUGAAGUGAUAGAUGCAAUAAAAGCUGAUCUUGAAUAUGUUUGUCCACAAACUGUGUCUUGUGCUGAUAUCCUUGCUAUUGCUGCUAGAGAUUCUGUUGUUCUGACAGGUGGUCCUGGAUGGGAAGUGGAAAUGGGAAGAAAAGAUAGUUUGAGUGGAAGUAAAUCAGCAGCAAAUAACAAUAUACCUGGUCCUAAUUCUGAUUUACCCACAUUGUUGUCCAAAUUCCAGAAUUUUGGCCUAACCCUACAAGAUAUGGUUGCACUCUCUGGUGCACACACCAUGGGAAAAGCUCGAUGCUCGACGUUUAUCAGCCGGAUAAAUGGGACCGCUGGAAUUGCCGGCAAUGGCCCUGAUGUUAAUCUUGAAUAUUUGCAGUCGCUGCAGCAACUGUGCUUCUCACCGGAAUCGAAUGCCAGCACAACACUAGCGGAGCUUGACCAUAUGACCCCGGCGACAUUUGACAAUCAGUACUAUGUUAACCUUAUAUCCGGCGAGGGUUUGCUUGGCUCCGAUCAGGUGCUGGUCUCCGGAGAGGUGGAGGAGACGCGUGGAAUUGUAGAGGCUUAUGCUGAUGACGUGGAUGCAUUUUUUGAGGAUUUUAAAAGGGCGAUGAUGAAAAUGGGGAGUAUUGUGCAGAAGGGUGAUGGAGAAAUUCGCCGGAAUUGUAGGGCUGUGAAUCAAGUUCAGCUAUGAUUAAUAUUGAGCGGCAAAAACUAAUUGAAUUGAUGUGACCAGCUGGUACUUGUGCUUAUGGUUAAGGAAAUAUGCUCCUAAUCAAAUCUAAUAAAUAAGUUAUGGUUA